AUGGAUUACCUCACCUUGUACCGCAGCGGCUAUCGACCGAACUACAACAUGCAGUCCUUCAGUGCCCCUCCAUCCCAUCCCGGAUAUCCAUUCCCUUACUCCAAUGAGCAAUUGUAUAUGUUUGCUCAGCUUCAGCAACAACAGCGUGCCAUGAUGGGCCCGAGGGAUAUGCAACACGCAAAGCAGCCCGAACCGAAGCCUAGACUCGCCAAGGACGAGGUCGAGCUUCUCGAGAGGGAAUUUCGAAAGAACCCUAAGCCGACCAGCGGCCGGAAGCGGGAGAUUGCCGAUCUCUUGAAGGUCGAGCAUCCCAGGAUAAAUAACUGGUUCCAAAACCGCCGUGCCAAAGAGAAGCAAAUGAGGAAGUCGAGGGAGUUCGAAGCUCAACAGUCAGCGGACGGAGUUGCCUCAGGUGCCAGCUCGCCUGAUGGCCAAGACCAGCACAAUGUGAGCGAGUACUACGGCCUCAGCAACCACAGCCAGCCGCUACAGGCUUCGUCAGCCGCCUUCCCAGACACCGGUGAUGCAAGCCGCUCUGUCGAUGACGAGGAAGAGGAGGAUGAUGAUGAGGACUUGACUCUUGCCCCCAGCAUGUCGUUGGAGGAGGGUGCUCCUAGUUCUGAAGGUGAUGCUCAAGAGAUGGCUGAAGAUCAGUACCUGUCGCCGGAGUCGCUCCCCUUCCAGCCCGUCCAUCCACACCCGGCUAUGCUGGGCACUCCCUUCUCUAUACCGUCUCAGUCAUCUGGCAUGAUGGCCUGCAGCAUGUCUGGCGGUCAUCUCUCGAUCCCGACCUUUGACGCUUCGAAUGGUCCGGUGCAAGGCCUCGAUGCUUUUGGAGACUUUGCCAAUGUUGUCGCGGCUGGAUCUCUCUCCGGCUCUGUGUCUCCCGUUCCAUGCCUUCCGUCCCAGGACCUGGGAGAUGCGCAGAACGAGCUGUUCACCGGCAAUAUCAAUAUCGAGCACCCUUCCCCCCGGUCGAUGUCUCACCAAUCCUCGCCAGACUCGACAGAUAUGCGCUUCAAGUCUCCCCCUCCACCUUCGAACAUUGCGUCUCGACGAAACCGUGGCAUCCCAGCCCAGCUUAGCACAACAGCGCUGCGAAGCUAUUCGUACGGACCCAAAACUGGAAUGGAUAUGGUUCGGCGUUCUGACGCUGCCAGUCCGAUGCGGCGCAUUGUCUCGGCGACUGGUACCAUGCCCUGCAGGAUUCAAAAGCCCUCUCUGAACAUCCAGGCGCCGAGGUCUCCCAUGUAUUAUGAGCGAACAAAGGAGGCACUGAUGCGAUCUCUUCAGCAGAGUGCUCGGUCUCCUGUCAUGGCCUCUAUGCCCACCACGCUGUCUCCUGUGACUCCCAGCGACCACCCUUUCCAAGGCCAGCAGACCGCAAGGGAGACCACUGUGUCGUCAAGUGCAUCGGAUGAUGAGCAGCGAUACACCUUGGGUCCUUCUGUUCAGCCCAAUCCCUUCUUCAGCAGGAUGGAGUCGACUCUCAAGACUCCUCCCGGAACCCCGGGCCUUGCUCGAGUCUACUCUGAGCAGGUCUUGGGCCUCGAUUCGGCGUGGAACUACGUGCCCCAGGAUGAGCCUCUGGUCACUCCGGGACUGGGCAGCUUCGGUUCGGAGGAGUUCGCCAUGGCCUCGUCGGCACCGACCUAUGUUGUCAACAGCCAACCGGCCACUCCAUCUUUCGCCCCGACCAUGGGCCCGAGUUAUUUUGCUUGGGGGUCCAACAACGCCGAGUACACCUUCCCGAGUGCUUCGUACGUUGGUAGUGAUGCGUCGAUGAGGGGUUCGCCUCUCGCUUCCAAGUCGAGCCACAUCCAGUUCACGCCCAACAUCACCCCUUCGGAUUUUGGCAGUGAGAACUGA